ACGAGCCCCCUGCCUGCGCCACGCUGAAUUGAAGCCAUCACGCUACAGGUUGUAUUAUACUAUGCAAUUCUCCCACCACUCAUUAUCGGGGGACCAAUUACUCAACCUAUGUUACGAGAGCAGCUAACUGGUGAAUUAUUACAAAACAGAAUGAGCUUGUGAACCAUGCGGAUUAUGGAUCUCUAAAUUUUUUUUGCAUUUUGUGAUUUUCAUCUCGUUUGGAAGUACAAUACUGAUUAAAACAGAAGUCGUCUCAAUAUUUUGAUUGCGAUUCGGCUUGCCAGCCAAUUAACAUUCGGAUUGUUGUUUUUUCCAAUCCAAUUAGACUUGUCAUCAGCAGAUUAAACAGUUCGAAGGACAACAUGGAUUUUAGGAUUUUACUUGCUCUAUGCAUAUUGGUCGCCAUUUAUUCUCCUAGCUCAGAAGCAGUAGAAGAAUGCAACAGCUUUCCUUGUAGCAAUGGAGCAACUUGUUUGGAGGGCGAAGAUCACUUCAUCUGCGUUUGUGUUCCGCGCUACAUCGGGCCUACCUGCGAUACUCUAUUGGAUGUAUCAGUUUAUGACGGAACAUGUGGUGGAAGCUUCUUUGGUUCAGCAGGAGUUCUCACCUCUCCUGGUUUCCCGGGGGUAUACUCACCCAACGUACGAUGUCUUUAUCUAAUCGGAAUCCCCAACGCUCAGAACAUCCAGAUCACCAUUACUGCCUUUAACCUCGAAUUCAACAAGGAUUACUUAGAAAUUGGCAGUGGCGAUUUCGGGCCAUUAUCGGGUCGCCUCCAGCAGCUCACAGGAAAUAGCUUAUCAUUGCCAUACGAUGUAACGGUCAGCAACCGGCAUGCUUGGCUCUACUUCUACAGUGAUGUAAACAACGAAGAACAGGGCUUUCAAGUCCAGUACAUCGCAGAUCUGGAUGCAUGCGCUUCGUCUCCAUGUCAAAACUCGGGCACGUGUGUUGAUGAAAAUUUUUCAUUCAGCUGUGUAUGUACAUCUGGUUGGACUGGGGAUACAUGUAACACGAAUAUUGAUGAGUGUGACAGUGAUCCUUGUCUAAACGGAGCGACUUGCAGUGAUCAGAUCAAUGAAUAUAUCUGCUCUUGUGAUUCUGGCUGGACGGGUACAGACUGCGACAUUAACAUUGAUGAAUGUUCUAGCGACCCAUGCGCCAAUGGAGGAUCUUGUGUUGAUGGUGUCAACAGCUUUGCGUGUACAUGUCUGUCGGGAUACACCGGUACACUUUGCGGAACAGAGAUUGAUGAGUGCGCCAGCAAUCCUUGUUUCAAUGGAGCGACCUGUGAGGAUCAGGUCAACCAAUACACAUGCUCAUGUGCUUCGGGGUGGACAGGUGUACACUGUGAAAACGAUAUCGAUGAAUGUAACAGCAACCCCUGUAGGAAUGGAGCUACGUGUUUUGAUAGCAACAAUGGAUAUAACUGCAGAUGUGCACCUGGGUAUACAGGAACUAAUUGCGAAUCAGAUAUCAACGAGUGUGCAAGCCAGCCUUGCCUGAAUUUGGGUGUAUGUCAAGAUGCAGUUAAUGGAUACACCUGCGUCUGUAGCGACGGAUACACGGGAACAAACUGUGACCAAAAUAUCGAUGAGUGUAUAAGUUCACCAUGCAUAAACGGUAAUUGUGUUGAUGGAAUCGACCGUUACUCCUGUAAUUGUGACCCUGGCUGGCAUGGAAUCAAUUGUGAUCUGGAUUAUGAUGAAUGUGGAGUUUCGCCGUGUCAUAAUGGAGGCGGUUGUAUCAAUGGACUUAACAUGUUCACGUGUGUUUGUACUGCUGGCUGGACGGGUACAACAUGUCUGGAAGAUGUGGACGAAUGUGAAAGCAGUCCCUGUGUGAAUGCUAUUGGGUGUACCAACGGUCGGAAUUUAUAUACUUGUACGUGUCGUAAUGGAUGGACCGGAACAAACUGCGAUGUUGACAUCAACGAAUGUAUCAGCAACCCGUGCAACAAUAGUGGUCUAUGUAUCAAUGGAGAUAACAUGUAUACAUGUGACUGUCAAAACGGCUUCGAGGGAGUUCAUUGUGAAAUAGAGAUUGAUGAAUGUUUAAGUCAGCCAUGUCAGAAUAACGGAGAAUGCACAGAUCAGAUCAAUGGGUAUAUAUGUACCUGUUUACUUGGAUUUCAAGGACCCGAAUGUCAAUUUGAGAUCGACGAGUGCGCAAGUAACCCUUGCUUCUUUGGUGAUUGUAUUGAUAUGAUUGCCCGCUAUUCAUGUGUCUGUGCGGUCGGCUACACUGGAAUAACAUGCAGAGAAAAUAUUAAUGAAUGUGAUAGUAACCCGUGUCGCAACGGAGGGAGCUGUGACGAUCUGCUGGCGGCGUAUCAGUGCGCAUGCGCUUCAGGAUGGACUGGUGAUACAUGCCAGCAAAACAUCAAUGAAUGUGAAAGCUCACCGUGUCAAAAUGGUGGAAACUGUGCGGAUUCGGUCAAUGGUUACAUCUGCUCUUGUAUGGCAGGCUACACGGGAACAUUCUGCCAAACAGAAAUCAACGAAUGUGCCUCGACUCCUUGCCAGAAUGGUGCACAGUGCACGAAUUUGAUAAAUGCUUAUUCUUGCAUUUGUACUUCUGGGUAUACGGGUGCCCAGUGCCAAACAGAUAUCAAUGAGUGUGGCAGUAGUCCAUGUCAGAACAGUGGGAACUGCAUUGACCAAGUCAAUGGAUAUCUCUGUAACUGUCUGGAUGGGUUCACUGGAACACAUUGCGAAACUAACAUUUUGGAAUGUGCCAGUAACCCUUGUCAGAAUGGUGCGUCGUGCGUGGAUAGAGUGAAUGGCUAUCAAUGUAACUGUGCCAAUGGUUGGGUUGGUACACGCUGUGAAACUAACUUCAAUGAAUGCGCCAGCAACCCUUGUCUUAAUGGAGCGUCUUGCGUGGAUGGUCUGAAUCAGUUCACAUGUACAUGCCCUGGUGGUUGGACCGGAACAACCUGUGAUAUAGAUAUUGAUGAGUGCAACAGUUCACCAUGUCGUAAUGGUGCUCAGUGUCAAAACUCAUUAAAUCGCUAUCAGUGUGAAUGUGCUUCUGGAUGGCAGUCUACCAAUUGUGACGUGGAUUUUAAUGAAUGUGCUUCAAACCCUUGUCAAAACGCUGGUACCUGUAUCAAUGAACAAAACAGAUAUACAUGUACAUGUCAACCAGGAUGGGACGGAAUUAACUGCCAACUAAAUAUCGAUGAGUGUUUCAGUGGACCCUGUUUUAAUGGAGCAACUUGUAACGAUCUGAUUAACGGAUAUGAGUGCGAAUGUGCCCCAGGGUGGAAUGGCACUACGUGUGGAGACGAUAUCGAUGAAUGUCUUUCGAACCCAUGUCAAAACGGUGCACCAUGCUCCAACCAAGAAAAUAAAUUUGUCUGCACCUGUCCCCCAGGGUAUGACGGAGAUAUGUGUGAGAAUGAUAUCAACGAAUGCAACAGUUCUCCCUGUGAGAAUGGGGCUACAUGUACAAACCUCAUCGAUGGAUUCACUUGUGAUUGUCGGAAUGGUUACGGAGGAGUCAGAUGUGAAAUCGAAAUCAAUGAGUGUGACAGUGACCCAUGUUUGAAUGGAGCUGAUUGUAAUAAUAAUCUUGGUGCCUGGGAGUGUUUCUGCGCCCCAGGAUUUACCGGAAUCAUGUGUCAAUCAGAUAUUGAUGAGUGUGUGUCUUCUCCGUGCCAGAAUAAUGGAACUUGUCUAAAUGAAAGGAACCAUUACACAUGUGAAUGCAUGGACGGCUACCAGGGCUAUAACUGCGAAACUGAAACCAACGAAUGCUACAGCAACCCAUGUACCAAUGGCGGAACAUGUACCAAUCUCAUAAAUGAGUUUACGUGUGCUUGUCUUUCCGGUUUUACUGGAGAUCGAUGCCAAAUAGAAAUUGAUGAAUGCAGUAGUGCACCAUGCUUAAAUUCUGCCACCUGUGUGGAUCUUGUGAACGGAUAUAGAUGUGAUUGCCCUCCAGGCUGGACAGGAAACACUUGUAAUACGGAUAUUGAUGAAUGCGCAAGUUCGCCUUGUCAAAAUAGUGGUGUUUGCAACAACGGUCAAAAUGAAUACACUUGUAGGUGCAUCAACGGAUGGCAAGGAAAAAACUGCAAUGAUGAUAUAAAUGAGUGUCUAAGUAACCCGUGCGAGAAUGGUGCCGAGUGUAUCAAUCUUAAUGACGCCUUCAAUUGCAGAUGCCCAACAGGCUACAUCGGAAACACAUGCGAGACAGACUACAAUGAGUGUAACAGCCAACCAUGUCUAAAUGGAGGUUCGUGCUAUGAUCAGAUCGGAUCGUUUUUAUGUGUCUGUGAUAGAGGUUGGACUGGAACUAACUGUAACACGGACAUCGAUGAUUGUGCAAGCGAUCCUUGUCAAAAUGGUGGUGAAUGUAAUGAUUAUCUCAACCGAUAUGAAUGUGUAUGCGCAAGUGGAUAUGAUGGAACCAAUUGUCAAAUAGAUCAAGAUGAGUGCGCCAGCAACCCUUGUAUCAAUGGAGGAGUAUGUACAGAUGGACCAAACCUGUUUACUUGCGCAUGCCCAAGUGGCUGGACUGGGCAGACAUGUCAAACAGAUUUUGACGAGUGCGCAAGCAUGCCUUGUGGAAAUAAUGGUGUCUGUCAGAAUGAAUUUAAUCUCUACACUUGUGAAUGCCAAGCUGGUUUUGCCGGAAGCAACUGUGAAAUAAAUAUUGAUGAAUGUGCAAGUGCACCGUGUAUGUUCCUUGGCUCAUGUAUCGACCAGGCUAAUGGGUAUACCUGUAACUGCAGACGAGGGUUUUCUGGAACAAAUUGCGAAAUUGACGAGAAUGAAUGUCUCAGCAACCCUUGCCACAACGGAGGAACAUGUAGGGAUCAGCCGGGUUUCUUUUUCUGCACCUGUCCUCUUGGUUAUAGUGGAAUAUUCUGCCAAAUAAAUGAUGAUGAUUGCGACUCCUCUCCUUGUAUGAAUGGUGGUUCGUGUUUUGAUCGUGUAAAUGAAUUCCUUUGUGUAUGUACACCCGGAUGGACGGGGAACCAAUGCCAGUCAGGUGUCGAUGAAUGUUCUAGCGAUCCGUGUCUGAAUGGAGCCGCCUGUUUGGAUGGGAUCAAUUCAUAUACAUGCAUAUGUCCCCAAGGAUUUGAAGGCAAUAUAUGCCAAACCAAUAUCAAUGAGUGCACCCCGGAUUCCUGUGUGAAUGGCGUCUGUCAAGAUGGAAUAAACUCUGUCACAUGCUUAUGUCCAGAGGGAUAUACAGGCGCACAGUGUGAAACAUAUAUCGCAACAUCAUGCGAAGAUAUCGUGACUGUGUCGUCAUGUUGGUUUGUCGAGAUACAAUCACCUGGUUAUCCAUCUUCUUACGAAAACAACGCUGACUGUUUUUGGUUCUUGAAGUCUCCUGAAAACACCCGGAUGCGAAUCGUCUUCAUCGCCUUCUCCCUGGAAGGGGAGUACGACUACGUUCAGAUCGGAGAUGGAACGGACUUCGACAAUCCUGUUUGGCAGUUUUCGGGCGAUGAGCGUCCAAAUCCGCCGAUGUACACACAGUCAGAUCGGGCUUGGAUUCGCUUCACGACUGACGAUUCCAAAGGUGAUAUCGGAUUUUCCCUGGAGGUUCAGGACGAAUGCUACCCGGGUAGCCAGUACGCCUGUCUUAGUAAUCCCUGUAUGAAUGGAGGACAGUGUACGGACCAAGGAGCCGACUACGUCUGCACAUGCGAAUCGGGAUUCACUGGAACAAACUGUGAAAUCGAUAUUGCCAACGUGCCAUGUAUCAUCAACCCGUGUUAUAAUAAUGGUGUUUGCAGUAAUAUCGUAAAUGGUUUUUCGUGCACGUGUAUGCCCGCCUGGACUGGUCGACAGUGUCUUACACCUGUUAACCCAUGCGACCCGUUCCCUUGUGUGAAUGGAGGGACUUGUCUGGCAGAUGGAUCAUGUAAUUGCCCACCAGGAUUUGUUGGAGACAACUGUGGGACUAUAGAUGCUUGCAAUUCAAACCCAUGUUUGAAUAACGGAGGCUGUGAGACUACCUUAACUGGAUUCAACUGCACAUGCGCAGUAGGGUUUGCAGGUGACCGAUGUGACAGACGAUCAUGUAGUGUUCCUCCAGAGAAGGAUUGUUUCAAUGAUGGCACAUGCUACGUAAACACAGUAACUACUGAAGCUUUUUGUGAUUGCCCACCAACUUGGACCGGUGAUAUAUGCCAAACAGAUACAGAUGAAUGCCUUACAAGCAACCCAUGUCAAUCCUUCCAGGAAUGUACCAAUACGGUCGGUGGUUUCACUUGUGCAUGCCGCAGUGGAAGGACUGGUCUUCAGUGCUUAGACGAUAUUGAUGAGUGUGCAAGCAGCCCUUGUCAGAAUAGCAGACCGUGUAUUAAUGGUGACAAUCAAUAUACAUGCGUUUGUACACCAGACUAUUUGGGCACUAAUUGCGAAGUACAAGCUGGUUGUACAAGUAACCCUUGUCUGAAUGGAGCAGCUUGUAUCCCUAAUGGAGCAUCUUAUACCUGUCAGUGUGAGGCAGGCUUCGAGGGAGAUAACUGUCAAACAGUUACAGACUCAUCAUCGAACAGUGUCCUGGAAGUCUUACAAGAGCCUAAAUGGAUCGCAACUAUCGUUGGUGCUGUCUUGGGUAUCAUAUUUAUUAUCGUCGUCUGCACUGUCAUCGUCAAGAAUUGCCAAUCAAAUAAAAAUCGUCGAAUCCGUUAUGAUGCUGAGCAGGCGGCUCGUCACCAUGGCGACGGUGCUUUAGAUGACGGGAGAUUAUCAGCAAUGUCUCGUCAGCAUGGUAUUCCCUCAUCAGCUAGUAAGAAUCAUGCUGAUGAGAAUCUCUAUGGCUUUCUUCCUCCAGAUAAUGGCGCUCAUGCAACGGUUGCUGAGGUUAAUAGUUAUGAAGCACCUUGGCCAAUCACAACAGACGAAUUUGAGCCACCAAGGACGGUAUUAUAGACUACUCAAGCAAUGUAUAUUGUAAAAAAAAUAAAAAUGAAAAGUGAUAUAUAUGUGUGCGUGUGUAUUUCAGUUGUGUGUUAUUUCAUUUUUUUUGUGUUUACUUCUGAAAUUGUAAAUAUGAAAGAUGCAUUGGAUUGCGUUAUAUGGUUUCAAAUACAAUAACAACAUUGAUGUUACCUUACCUGCAUAUUGUGAUAGAUAGUGUAUGAUGACAUGGAUAUUUUAAUUUGGUGAUCACAUGGUGAUGAAAAAUCAGAAUAAUCACACAGAAAACAGUCAUGAGUGCAUGAAUGAAGAUAGUGUGCAUACAAUAAUGAUUUGUGUAUUCUUUGUUCAAAGUAAACCAUUCGGUUAGCAUUCUCACAUGAUUGCUUAAAUUAAUCCUGGGUUAACUCAAACUGCAAUUUAUACAUUGAGUGCUAGUUGCAAAUUAAUCAACAAAUGCAGUGAAAGUGUGAAAUGAACUAAUCCUGCAAUGAAAUGCAACGGAAAGGGAAGAGUAUAAAAUGGACUUUGACUUUGGAUAUUUUGGGGGGCAUUAUCUUUCUUGUAAUGAGUCAGGAAACCGAGCAUGCAAUUGUGGAAUUUUUGUUACUGAACAAUUACACUUGUGAUCUUUGUAAAACAUUCACUAGAUAAUCUAGAUGAUUAAAACAACCUCAUUUCGAUAGUACUAUAUAUACAAUUGUCUUUUUUUAUAGACAGUGUGCAUUUUAUACUUACUAUUUCUUUCAAAAAAUGUGUUGAAACAUGAUGAUAAUCCGGUAUGGCGCCUUGGACUUGAUAUAUCUUUGCGCUCGAUGUAAAUGGGUUUUCAAAAUUUCAAAAAAAAUUUCAGUGAAGUACUUAAUUUUGGAUAGUUUUCUUUUAUUGUAUCACCUUGAAUUUAUCACCUUGAAUUUAUAUCAGUAUCUAACCAAUGUGCUAAAAAUUUUAAUGAAAGUAUUAAGUUCUUUAAGGUCACUGUGAUAUGGGCUUUCAGAUUAACCAUCCAUGUCUUUCAUACUGAAUCCCUGGGGAGCUUUCGAAAUCAGAACUGAAUGCCAAUACAAGGGGAAGGUUUCGGAUUGAUAAAACCAAUCUGCGCAUGCUCCAAACCCUUCCGUAAGUCUAAGCAUGCGCAUAUAAGUUAAUCUGAAUCUGCCACCAUCCUCUGGGCGUUGUGGCGUGCGCCUGUAAUCCAAGCUGUGGGGAAGUUACAAAUUGAUGCAGAGGUUCGAGGUUCGAGCCCUGGUCACGUCUUUCGGAUGGUGACGUUAAAGGCCGGUCCCAGACGUAAAUAAUCAUAUCGGAUUGAUACACGUCUGACAAAACUCAAAUACACACACACCAUCCUCUCAUUCAGUUCUAUUUGCGGAAGCUUCUUAUUAAAACGAUAGUAUUUUCUACAGUAUUAUAUUCUUUACAGGGUUUCUUGUAACUACCAUUGUGCACCAUUUCUCUGCCUCAUUUGAUUGGUUAUUGUCUUUCAUGUAUUAUAGAAUUACAAACUGAUUUACAGACAUCUGCCAUAUAUUAUCUACAAUGCUUAAGAGCACAUUAAGACGAAUAAUUCAUAUGCAGUUGUAUAUUCCUGUUUGACACGAAGAGUCUGUAAAUUUUAUGAUGAAAUUAUCUAUUUCAUUUUUAUAAAAGGAGAACGGUUGUUGAAUAUCAUAUUAUAAAGUAGGAGAAAAUAUAUAAGUUUAAAAGACAUAUAAAAAUAUUAAUUGUGAGUUAAAACUAAGUUACAUGCAAUUUCAUUAUCAUGGACUUUUUUAAACCAAAAGUUAUGAGUGUUGUUCUGAUCAAUCAGCAUCGAAUGUUAAAGCAAUGUUUAAAAAUGAAAUUAAAACAAAAACAGAUAAACUUUGGUUUCCUGAUAAAAUAAAGAUUAAAUCUCCCUUCAAUUCAAUAUUCAUUUACGUAUUGUCUUUCUCCUUUAUUGAAAAAAUAAAAUCAGAUAUAUCUCCUUUAUAGGUAGGUAAUCACAUUUAAUGAUAAGUAUAAUACUGAUAUUCUCCUGAAUAACAGUUGAUCAUUAGCAGAUUUAAAAUUCAUGACUUGGCAACUUAAUAUUAAUAUUACAUUUUUCACUUUACCACUUCUCAAUUUAUAAAGAUAUUGGACCCUGUGUUAAUUUGUAUUAAUGUAACGAUUGAUUUGAUUAUCCCUUGCGUGCUGGCACGCAUUUAGAUAACUGAUUGAAACUUAGUUUGAAUAUUUAGUGUGUGAGAGAGUAAAAUAUAUUUGUAUAUUUCGAUAUUUCCACGCUUUGAUAUGGAAUAAUAUACAAACUCCUGAUUGCAAGUAUAUUCCAAUAAUGAUAUUUCUGUUGUAUAUAUUGUGAAUAUAUUGAAUGAAUGAACUUAUUGUUAAAUCGAGAAUUAUGAUGACGCAAUAAUGACAGAUAAAAAAAAAGACGCUAUUCGAUUCUAAUAGUUAUGUUAUACAGGUUUUUAUAACAUCUUGCAACCUUCUCAAAUCAGUGGUUAUAACAAAAAAAAGAAUAAAAGUAAUCAAAUCAAAAAUACAAAAUUCUAUUUAAAUUAAGUAAGAUAUUAUUUAAUCGUGUGCAACUAGUUUCUUUAACUAUACCGGUAGAAUGAUGGAUUCUCGUAUUCUGUUUUCAAUCCGUCGUCGUGCAUUUUAUGUUUCGGAUAUGUUAUCCAAGUUUCACCAAUGCCUUCUCUCGUUUUUAAGGAACAAUAUGCCUAAUUCUUUAUCGUCAACAGGAAAGAAAAUGUUGAAACCAAGUAAACUACCUUGUAAAUUAUAUUUUACGUUUGAUAAACUGCCAAUUUUCUAUAAAAAAUGUGUACUCAUAUAAAUUUGUGUAAUUGGAAGCAAAUCGCCAUAAUUGAUGAUAAAUAUUCACCAUGUCCAUAUGAGCUUUAAUAUUAAAUGUAACUUCGUAUUUUUAAACUUCAUUGAUGAUAAAAGACCAAUCUAUAAUUGUUGAUUAUUGGUUUUAAAACUAGGAACAUUGCUUUUUUUAAAUACGACGUACUUUUGUAUCGACGAUAAUGCUGCUUCCAUUUUUAGUCAAUUUUCUUAAUAGUUUUUUUUAAUCAAUCUUCAUGAAGAACCUUAAUCUUUGGAAAUAAUUAUUGCUCAUGUAUACUUUAUCACUCAAUUAUAUAAGGUAAAGAUUAGUCUCGAAAUCUUGUUAAAGGGAUGCUCCGGGCUGAAAAUAAUAUGAUAUAAACAGAUAAAGAAAAAUCAGACAAGCAAAACGCUAAUGAUUUGAUCAUAAUCGGACAAGGAAUAACAAAGUUAUGGCAUUUUAAAGAUUUGCAUUAUUCCGGUGAAACAGUUCUAAGUAUGUCUUCAUGAAUAUUCAAUGAGCAAAUUAAUGAUGUCAUAUCCCCACUUGUUAUUUUGUAUUUUAUUGUAUGAAAUUAGGUUUAUUCAAAUUUUGUCUACCAAGAACCGAAAAAUUGGAUUGACAACUGAUUUAAUGCAUUAUAUAUUCAUUGCUGCAAUUUAUUUCAUUAUAAAGGAGGCACAUUGUUCACACAUUAUGAAACAAUCAAGCAAUUAUAAUUUCAUGUAAUAACAUAAGAAAAGGGAAAGUGGGGAUGUGACAUCAUCAGCCCACCGAAUGAAUAUUCAUGAUGAUGUGCAUAUAACUAUUUUUACAAAAUAUUGCUAAUUUUUAAAAUUCAAUGACUUCGUUAUUUGUUAUCCGAUUUGGAUGAAAUUUUACUCUAUUUAUUUAGCUAUAAAUAUUUUUAGCCCGGAUCAUUCCUUUUAAAUGCAUACUUGAUAAUAGAUCAGGCAAAAUGAAAAUAAAAGUAUAAUUGAUCACAUGAAUCUUUAAAAAGAGGUAAAACUCUUUGAAAAGUUAAAUUAGCACUCUGGAAUUAUAAUGAAUAAUAAUAAAAAAGUAAUUUAUGGUGACAUGACCAACUAUAAUUUUGCUGCUCUUUUUAGCCAUUAAGGAUUAUGUUUUGAUAACAGAAUUAUUGUGAUAUGCAUAUGUGUAUGUGAAUACAAUAAAUGAUUUUGCAAUGUCCUCAAAA